AUGCGCAUUCUCCGGAGCGCCCCCAAAAGCCCUGUACAAGGAGAUUUACCAGAGCCUACAGCAAUCAGCAAAAAGCUCCUAGAGGCACUGCCCAACAGCGUUCUAUUCCCGCACGACGCUGCGGCUUUCAACCAAUCGACAAAUUCUUACUGGGCCCAACAAGAGUGCGAGGUCACUCCAGCAUGUGUAGUUCGGCCUCGCAAUGAUCAAGAACUCUCUAUUGCUGUCAAAAUACUCAAACGCGGCCAUGACGAAAGUGCCAAGGCAUCUGUGUCUGGGGAGGUAAACACUGAACAUUUAUUCGCUGUCAGAAGUGGUGGGCACUCUUGUAUGCCUAAUGCUGCAACUAUCAACGGAGGUGUCUUGAUUGACCUAAGAAAUCUCAAUGAAGUAAUAAUACCUUUAGGGGAUCACGAAGAAUCAAGUGUGAUUAUUGGAGCUGGAUGCAGAUGGAUGGAUGUUUCAAAGAUUUUGGAUGAAAGAGAGAUCUUGCUGUUGUCGGAGGCAGAAACUCCGCUGUUGGGCUACGAUAUUGUUCUUGCCUCGGGAUCAACUACUACGGUUUCUGCUACCAAUGACCCCGAUAUUUGGCGUGCUCUCAAAGGUGGUUCGAACAAUUUCGGCAUUGUUACGCGAUUCAAAGCCCACAGCUUUCCUUCUCAUAAGAUAUGGAGCGGAUUCCUCUACAUGCCCAGUUCACAAGCCACGAAAGUUCUCGCCGCAUUCCACGAAGUUGUCGGUCGAGAAGACCCUGAUCAGCACGCUGCUGGUCCUAUAGCCUGUUUUACUUACAUCCAGCAGCUGGGCUUGCAAGCGAUUUCAGUUAAUCUCGUACAUACAAACUCGCCCGAAAAGAAAUGGCCGCUCUGCUGGAGUACAUCUUCUUUUAGCUCACUCUUCCGUCUCUGGAGCACUUGUAAAGUUCGAACUUUGACAAAUGCUACCGAUGAAAUGAAUGCUCUCAACCCUCCUGGCAGACGUCAAGUUCUCUCUAGCACAACUAUCAAGAAUGACGCCGCAACCCUGGCCUCUACGCAUGACGUCUACCGCAAUGCUAUUGCUUCGCUCAGAUCUGUUAAAGGUCUGUCAUGGACGCUCGUGUUGCAACCCCUUUUGCCAGAUUGGCUACGUAAAGGCGAUGCAAAUCCCAUGGGUUUGCAUGAUAUCAAUGAACCUCUCGUACUCGUCAGCUUUACUGUCAAUUGGCGGAAGGAUGAAGAUGAUGAAUUAGUUCAAACAAUCACGCGCCGCUCAAUUGAAGAAAUCGAGAUAAUUGCAUCAAAAAAUGGAACGGGUCAUCACUGGCGAUACUUGAACUACUGUGCAAAAUGGCAGAGGUCAUUUGAAAGUUACGGCGAGGAGAACCUACGGUUUUUGCAGGAAGUUAGUAGGAGCUAUGAUCCUGAAGGGCUAUUUCAGAAGGGAUGUGUUGGUGGUUUCAAGCUUGACAUGUAA